AUGAGCUCGCCGAGAGUAUCGCCGUCGGACGAACACGGCUUGCCAAAAGUAGCAAGUGCCAAAGUCAGCGGAGAGAACGUCGGGACUACAAGUGAUGGAUCUAGCGAAGGCCGUAAUGACAGUUCAGCUACGAAUUUGGCAAGUAGGUGUGCAAGCAUAAGCCUAAGUACAGUGGGAAGUGCGUCUGGCUCUGCAGGUGGGAGCACGAAACCAAUAGACGUGGUGGUCGCAAAUUACGACUAUCUGCCCAGCAGAAAGUCCCAGCUUCGUUUGUAUGCUGGUGAGGUUGUUUAUGUGAUGGGAAAACACGAAUCUGGCUGGUGGGACGGUGUGACCAUCUCCAACAGACCUACACCCCGCUGUGUGCGCGGCUGGUUUCCGCACAACUUCACAAAACCUUGUCGUGAUAGGCGGCAUAACGCUGCCUUACUGGGCAAGACGUCCAACCAGAGACAAGCAACCAGGUCUGGCGGCAAUAGUCGGAAAAACAGUGCAGCGGCGCCAACAGCAGCAGCAGCUGCGGCCGUUCAUAUGGCCCUGGGUUCAUCUGCCAGUAGCCAGACCCAACAGAGUCGCAACCAGGCUCACGGACAAAACGAAGCCAGAGGUUUAGCGCACAGCAUAGACUUUGCUACCGGGAGUACGAGUGAGCCCACUUUGUCCCGAUCCGUGUCUCACUCGCCAUCUCCUCCCCCACAUUUGAAGCUUGACUAUAGACUCGACAUGCGAACCAACGACGCUGGAAACAAGUACGCUAGACGCGUCAGUUUGUCUUCGGCGACUGCAUCGGCGCCACCGGCUCCCAUGGGGUCCGGAAAUACCCACACAAAAGCCAAAUCGCGCUCAAAGUCACCCUUCAGGGCUGGUGUGACAGACACGCCCUCAGGUGUUGAAAAUUGGACUGGCUCUAAUCAGCAACAGUUGUUACCCCGGCAGCCACGUCCUUUACAGCAGCUACAAAUUGAUCCUCUUCAAAGGCUCAAUAGUUUUGAGGAUGAUCGUAGAAGGCGGUCUCAGGUAGGGACUGAUAAGAUGACUGUUUUGAGCCCGGAAGAGGUCGAAAUGAUCUUCAACAACAUCAAUGACAACUCACCUCCGUUGUGGACACCUGUGGCAACGACAGAAGGAAAGGUCCUCUACUACAAUCGUGACCACGAUGUUUAUUGCAGCUCAUUGCCGUUUUUACAACUCCCCGAGCUCAGCAUAAAAAGCAUUUUUUCUGACCAUGACUGGUACGUGGAUCUCAAUGAAAGGACAAUUGGACAAGAUAGGAAGGUUCUGGACCAAUCAAGAAAAAAUAGUAUCGAAACCUGGCAGAAGAAUCAGGUCCAGGAUCAGGGCACUAGGCCCACCGUGAAUGCACGGAACUCAUCGAAUUACGUUCGGGCUGCGCAAGGUAGUCGCAGGCCCAGUGUGGACGAAAAAAGUAAAAACUUCAUUGCAGCAACUCUUUUGUCCGAAAAUGGUGCUGGCACUGGAAUCAAGAGCGCGACCUCUAAUACAGACUCAAGAAACGAUGAAUCAAGUACAAAAAAAAAUGGAGCUGAUUUCGAAGAUAAUGGAGAUAACAAUCAAUUCGAUCAAAACGGGGAAAAUUACAUUAAUCAGACUAAUAGUGAUAACCAUCCAAAUAACGACAUUGGAACAGAGUGGUGGCAGAAAAGUGCCCCUGCUGCCCUGCGGUCAAAAGAUGAGCUUUUUUUCCAUCAUAAAUCCGAUAUACGAACCUGGGCGGAACUUCGAGACACUACUCUUUAUUAUGCCCGCAAGGCAUAUGCCUGUUUCUUUAACAACGAUUAUCAAGGUUUCAAUCGCAGCCUAGAGAUGGCCUCGAAGUACGUCAUUUAUCAUCACAACGCUUGUAGACUUCUGAAAAGCGAGAUCAUAAAGAACAACGCCAAGAAAGGCGUCAAACGACUUUUAAGACAGUUGCUCGCAUCCGCGUCCGCGAUAAGUAUAAAUGGGAGUCUGUUUUUUUGCUCCCCUCAACGGUACGACAUAUCAUUCUACCCAUCGCUCGACAAUGCUCACAAAUCCAGCAUCGUAAGUUCUGGGACCGCUGUUCAGGACCCACUUCGGGUAUCCAUCUCGACUAUAAAUCCUCUCCGACAAGGUGCUGACGCUAAAUUAAGCAUCGGAAAUGAAGAGUUUUUUUUCAGUGAAGAUUUAGCUCCAGCGGAGGCAGAUCAAAAAGAUGAUGGUGACAAAAGAUUCGGGUCGGUCAUGAGUGCCUACACAAUUCAAGCACAUAGUACUGCCGUCGAUGAAAACUCCAAUUUGUCGAUCCAAGCUUUAUUUCGGUCCGUAGACUCGGACUUCAGCCACUUCAUGAAAAGCAUUAGCGACUUGUACGACAUAAUGAAAUCCUGCUGUACCGAUGGUGUACUUCCACAGUUGCUGACCAGAUUUUUUCGUGACUGCUUCAGCGGAGGUGCUUGGACUAGUACAUUUCAGGACGACCCAGCUGAUUUGAGCCCACGAAAUUCCUUCACAGCCUUUGGCUCGGUUCAUGAUCCUUUUUCGAGAGCAUCGAAUGUCUAUGGAAGUGUCAGCAGCAAGACGAACACAAUAAAUAGUUCGGCUCUGUCGAAGGGCUCAGCGGAUUACGAUAAGUCUACAUCUCAGCGAGAGUCUGCCAAAAGCAAACCUUUGAGGAAAAACAAGUACCCCCUCACCGACGAAACACUGAACUACAUGAAGAAAAAGAUCGAGUACUUUACAUCCGUGUCUCUUCAGAGCUACGAGGUGUUGCUCGAACAAAAAGCUUCGAGAAAGAGGAAUCUUGAAAUCAGUGCCAAUUGUCACCGAGAAUUAAGUCACUGUGUGAGUAUCAUUGACUUGCUCGAAAAUUUGGACUUAAGAUUUUUUCAGAAUAUGAAAAACCUUGGUUUCAAAACUGGUCUUGAUCAGGAUAGUGAGGAGCUGCGGCAGCAUGCCAUGACUGCGUGCGCGUCUCUUCUUAUGGAGUUUUUUGACGUGAAGCAAGCUCUCUAUGACGCCACGGUUAGAAAGGUUAUGGACAUCCAAAAUCUAACACUGGAAGAUCCAUUUGUGUUUUGCUCUAUGGCUGGAGAUCAAUCUUAUGAAAGUGGAGAACCUCUCGUGAAGAUCAAAGAAAACGUUCUGAGUCCCGAGAAACUAGCCGACGCUUACUGCUCAAGGUUUAUAUCGGAAGAUGUCGAAUUGAACAACAUCAUAUUUUUCGAUAGUGAUGCGGUACUCAAGGCCACCCAGAUAACUUUUUUAGCGGUGAUUGACUCUGCAUAUCAAAGUGUCGAGCAGCUCAUGCAAGAACGUGAAAACAUCUUGAACUACGCCGCAAGAAUGAUGAAGUACGAUUUGAUAGGGGAGUUAAUGAGUGGUGAACAGGAAAACAGGUACAUGGACGCAGAAGGCAACUUUGCAGAUUCGGAAAUUGAGCAUAUCGGUCCUCGAGACUUCGGAAAGAGCCAAACAAUUGACGUUCCUUGGUAUUUAGACUCGGAGCAUGAGUUCUCACUCCUAUAUGACCACCAAGGGUCCAUCAAAGGGGGCAGUAAAGGUGCUCUGCUGGAGCACUUGACGAGCCAUCAAACCAUUGACGCAUCCUUCAACAUAGCUAUGCUACUCUCCUUCAGGAGCAUUUUCACGACAUCCGAGUUCCUUCAUGCACUAGUUGAAAGGUAUCAUUUGUAUCCUCCAGAAGGGUUAAGCUUCGAAGAAUAUAGCGCUUGGAUCGAAAAAAAGUCUAACUUAGUGAAAGCUCGCGUUGUCAACAUCAUGAAGACGCUUUUCUCUCAAUAUUGGACCCCUGCGUACUACGAGCCAGGAAUAGACGAUCUUGUUAGUUUUGCGCAGCUGGCCACUGCUCAAAAUGUCCAAGGGGCACCAGCGCUGUUAACAGAGCUGAAAAACCGUUUAUCGUUAAAGGGAAAUCUGAAAAACUUCAUUCCGGAAGCUAUAAAGUUCGACGAGAGUGGGCACAAUUAUGGAGGCAGUGCGCUGAACGUCAAGACGCCGACAACAACUUCUGUUGAGCCGGGUGCUGGCUAUGGAUUCAGAAUGAGAAAGCUCAAGCUCCUGGAUGUCGACCCUCAAACUUUUGCCAAGCAAUUGACCACCAAAGAACAUUUCCUUUACUCCAAAAUCACUCCAUUUGGGUGCCUUGAUCGCAUAUGGGGCAAAAGAUACUGCAAGUUUGGCGGCUCCGAAGACAUUUCUAAUUUCAUUUCAAUUGCAAAUUCCCUGACCAAUUAUGUUUCGUUUGCCAUUGUCAAACACGCAAACGUAAAGAAGAGAGCCAAAAUCAUUCAGCAUUUCAUUUACAUCGCUGAACAUACUUAUGAGCUCAAUAAUUUUUCCUCUAUGACAGCAAUCAUCUCAGCAUUGUACUCGUCACCGAUAUUCCGCCUGAAAAAGACCUGGGAAAUCGUUCCGCCACAAAGCAAAAAGGCCCUGGAGAAUCUCAACACACUAAUGGAUCCCGCCAAAAAUUUCUACACAUACAGAAAUUGGCUCAAAAAUGUCAAUGAUGUACCCUGCGUUCCGUUUCUGGGCGUUUACUUAUCGGACCUAACGUUCGUCGCUGAGGGUAAUCCAGACUACUUGCACCGAUCCAUGGACAUUAUCAAUUUCAGCAAGCGAUUACGUAUUGUCGGAAUUCUUAGAGAGAUCGCGAGCUACCAAAAUAUCCGUUACAAGUUUAAGCGGUAUGACGAUAUCCAGGCAUUCAUUGAGGAGUCCAUAAAAAACGUUCCGAACAUUGAGAAGCAAUAUGAACAGUCUUUGCGGAUCGAGCCUCGUGCUGACAUCUCAGCUGGUCUGAGUAGCACGAGUAAUAUCUCGAAAGCCAAUGUUGGAAAGAAGCUCGAAAAACGUUCGCGUUUCAUCAAAAAUAGGAAAAGGCUCACUAAAUAG